AUUCUUCGCUGGACUAACUUCGAAGCUUAUGAUACGGAUGACGUUGUUGCCCGUCGGAUCGGUUAAAGGGUGGUGUACGGUUCAAGUCGUUUCGAUAAUUCAAAACCGAGAAAACGACGAUUGUACUCGUGUCGUUGAAAUAGUCUGUUAGAAAAAAAAAAAAAAAAUGGUCGAAAUGAGUGAAACAUUAGUGGCAUCAUCGCCACGAUCAACAAAAGGAGAAACUGCAUUACGUCGUAAACGUAAAAAAAAUGAUCAAUCGUCAACUACCAUUGCAACUAAAAAUGAUACUACGAUACCAACUGGAAAAAAUUUCACUGCAUGUUACAUGGAACUUUGUAAGAGGUAUCACCUGAGACCAUUACCGAUUAUCUGCGUGACUUUACCCUACAGCCUGGAUUUUACAACCGAUCGCAUUAAAAUGGAAGAUUGGAGACCGAUACUUAAUUCUUUGUCGCUAGAUCGUAGCUUAAGAUCGAUCAGCAUACGUAGUCGAUAUCAAUAUCGUAAACCAUCGGAAAGUGGUGGUGGGAGGAUAAGUUUGGAAGAAAAAAAUCGUACAAAAAAAGGUCCUGGCGUAUUAACCCAAUGUAUUUUGGAAUGGUUAUCCCAUAGUAUCGGACAAUGCGUUAGAAAUUCGUACAGUUUGACUCAUCUGGAGCUAGAGGGUAUACCCUUUCCGACGGACUGUUUGGCUGUAUUGUGCGUCGGUUUGGCUGGCACGGAAACCCUAGAACAUCUUUCCUUUCAGCGUUGUUACAUCGGUGAUGCUGGCUGUGAACUGGUCUGUCGUGCAAUAACCGACGUACGGACGAUCAGAUCGUUGAAUUUGAGCGAUUGCGAUCUUACGUCCAGAUGCGGCACGGUUCUAGCCAGUACAUUAUCAAGACAAGAAUUAUUGUUAUACCAUGAAACAUGGAAACAAUCUUUGAGAUAUCGUCAACCAAAUAUCGAAGCUAUGCCCGGUCUGCGACGAUUGACAUUAAGCGAUAAUCCUCGAUUGGGUGAUUCCGUUGUAUUAAAGAUGAUCGAUGUUAUCAGAGAUAGUUUAUGGUUGAAAGCACUCGAUCUACGGCAUUGUGGUUUAACCGAUCAAAUAGGCAACGAUUUACUUGAACUUUUGGAACAAAAUUCUUCUUUGACCGUACUCGAUGUACGACAGAAUCCAAAUAUGAAUGAUAAUUUGAUAGAAAUGAUUUUACAACGAUUGGAUGGUAAAGAACAUGGAGAGUAUGGUUGGUUGAAUUCUUCUCGUAGGGAUUGCAAAUUAUCUUCGAUGAAUUUUUUAAAGAAAAAACUUAACAAAAGUAAUAAAGAAAAUGAAAUUAAUGGUGCGUACGAGAAGAAACAAAAUCGUAGAUGUGAAAAUAAUUUGGUCGUUAACAAAACCAAGGUAUUAACGCAAUCGAUGAAAACCCGUAAAGAUAAUUCACAAGUUACGGAAUUGAAUAAAGUUCAAGCAACACGAUUUGUCGUUAAACCUUCAUUGCAUUUGGAUCUUCAAUCGCGAAUAAAACCAACGAAUGUUGAAACGACGACGAAUUCUUUGGUCAUGAGCGAAUCCAACGUUAGAUUUUCUUCGAGAAAUAAAUUCGAUACUUCGACGAGAAUAGAUUUGGAAAAGAAAAAUGAGGAUAGAGAACAGAUCAUUAAAAUGACGAAAGAACUUAUGUUAGCUAGAGCAACUCACGAUUAUUUAUUGGAGAAAAGCAAACGUCAAGAUCUUUUAGUGGCACAGGAAAAAGCAAAACGCGAAAUUGCCGAGACCAAAUUGAGAGGCAUGAGUACGGAUUUGGCUGAUUUGGAAAAUAUUUUGAGAGAAAAGGAUCGAGAAACUGAUGGUUUUCUAUUGGUCAGUCAACGUUCGUUGAACGAUAUUUGUGUGUCGUUUGAUAGAUUGGUCGAAUUGUUGGAAAGUUUAACCAGAAAUUCGAGAUUAGAUAGGAAAAAUUUGGAAGAAAAUCUUGCAAUUGGGAAAGAUGUUAAACGUCGUAUUGAUUCUAUCGUUAGAAAAACUAAAUCUGAGAAUUUAGGACGUGGAUAUGUCGUUGAUAUCGAGGACGAUGAACAGGAAAUAGAAGAAACGAUCCAGGAUGAUAAUGAAAUUAUCGUUGAAUCUUCUAGAUUUGAUAAGAAAAAACUCGUGAAAUCCGAGGGAGACGUAAGAAGGAAACAAAAGCAACAACCUUUAUCACCUGUACGAGUUGAAACAAAUAUCGGUGAUAAUCCUGACGUGAUGGUGGGUCAAUCAUUGAAAGGUUUCAUACAUAAUAAUCGUUUGGAUGCUGGUGAUAAACGUAACAUGUCUUCCGUGGAAAGAGCAAAAGAUAUAUUUUUUCGUUUCGUUAAUGGUGAAGCUGAAGGAAAUUUUUCGAUCGGUUGAAAAUCGAAAUAAAAAAAAAACAAUUUAUAUACAAAUAUUUAUAUAGUAAACUAUAUAAGAUGAAGAAGAAGAAGAAGAAGAAGAAUAAUAAGAAGAAGAAACAAAGAAACUUAAGAUUAAGUGAUCGUUUGUAUUAGCACACGUUUUUUUUUACUUAAAAGCUUUCUGUGAGAUUGUACAUGAAAUAUAGAUAAUCGUUUAUGGAUUUUUCCAACUUAAGGUAAACUCUCAUUUACGUUUAUUCUUAUUUUAAAGAAAAGAAGAAAAGAGAAGAGAGGAGAGAGAGAGAGAGAGAAAACAUGCUAGCUACGAUCGAGAACAUCGUCGUCGUCGUUGUCGUUGUCGUUUAUCGCUUUUAACGUUCACCCCUUGGCACUCUAUGGAUUUUCCAUUACUUCCGGCCUGGGUCGUCGGUUACUUGAAAAACGUUACCUAUGCACGGGCUAACGGUCAAAGGUAAUUUUUCAUGAUAGAUCACGCUCGGCGUGGCGUGUCGCGAGCGAUCUUGUUCGUCAACGUGAAUGGUGAAAGGUAAGUCGUUGCGCAGCACAAGAUCAAACGUUCCAGCAACGUCGUCCGGUGUUGUGCCUCCUCUUUCUCUCUCACCAUUCUUCUCUCUCUUUCUCUCUCUCUCUCUCUCUCUCAUUCGAUGUAUCGUCGAUUAUCGAUCACCUUCUCGGUGUCCUCGCUUUUACGCGUUCUCUUCUUGAAGCCUUUAAACGAGAGAAGGAAGAAGAAGACCUCGUUUGCGUCACGUUAAUAAACGGUUAAAUGUUGUGUGUUAACAAGCUUUCCCAUAUAUCAUAUAUGUGUGUGGGUGUGUGUAUGUAUGUAUGCGUGUUCCUCGAGAAAUCGUAUAGAAACGGUAAAGAUUAGAAAUAGAUGAUUAUAUGUGGUUUAAAAAAAAAAUAAAAAGA